AUGCGAACAAGAAGGAAAGAUUACGGGGAAGCGAAACCAAUAGCAAAGCGAUCAUACAAGAAGAAAGAGAAAGUUAAAGACGAAGUAUUACUGAAAAGCGAUAUUGAAUUACCGACAUUUAUAAAGAAACAUCCUGAAGUAUUAGAAAAUCUAAAACGUCAUCCCGGUUUAAGACCGAUUACCCCUUCAGUAUACCCCCCAACUUCCGAUUCAUUAUAUCCCCCUAUACCUAUCAACAGAUUACAUUUUAUUUUUCGCUUCUCACUUUUAUCUCUUCAUUCGCCCCCGCAACCUUAUUUCCAUAAUCGCCGACUUAACCCUCUGCCCACACCUCUCUCGCAAGUUCCUUUCUUCGCUCCGAAAGGUCUACUCUUCGAACCUACUCCUCGAGUUACACAAUAUUCGACUGCUACUCGUUUGGAGAUUCGAAGGAUUUUCCAACGCAGCAAGACUAUUAAAUCACAAUCGACAAUGUCGAAUGCCGGACCACCUCCCCCUGCUGCUCCACCGGGCAUGCGUCAACCACCCCCUCAUCAAACUCAUGCUGCCUCUGUCGAAGACUACCGUUCCAACAAAUUCCAACUGUCUAUGCCUACUUACGUUAAAGGCUCCGUCGAUACUCUUAAAGUAGACGGUUCAAAUUAUGCCGAAUGGGAGUUCAAGAUUGGUCGUUGCGUGGAUCGUGUGACAAAAACGACUGAUUAUCUUUCAAAAGAUGGGAUGAAGUCGUCCGAUCCCGAUGGUGAUGCUGUUGUUUACUCGAUGAUCGAACUCACGGUGCCCUUCGAAAUUCAACGUCGCUUGUCUGGCUCAGCUAAAGAUGCUUUCCGUACCAUCCGAGCUCUGUUUUUCUUUCCCAGUCGUAGUGGUCAUAUGGCUACUUGGAAAGAAGUGUUGGAGAUUAAAUAUGAUGAUGUAUCGGACAUUGGUGACUAUUUCCGCAAGAUCGACGAGAAGAUAUCGGAUCUUGAACGUUCUGGUUUUGAAUGGUCCAAGGACGCAAUUACCGGUGUACUAUAUCAAAUUGGACUCGGUAAUGCUUUCACCAACGUCAACAACACCUUGAACGCUCGACUCCGUGCUACUCCAACGAACCCGAUCACUGCUCGUGAGGUGGAAGAAUCAAUCCGUGCCGAGAAACAAAUUCACAAUACCGAUAACAUUACUCCAGCCUUCAGUCAAUUAGAUCUCAACGCCAACGCAUUCAACGCCUCGCCUACCAUGAAUAGACGUGGAGCUGGUAAUACGGGCUCCCUAUAUCGUGCCGCGACACCGUCGAGAGGCAGAGGUGUUUUUGUCCACUCACCUCAAUUUCAAUCUCGCAAUCUUAAUUCUCCUCUAUCUCGUCAUCUUACUUCUCCUCCAACUCGAACUUAUCAACUCAGUCCGAAAUUUGUCCCGCCAGCCCCCGGUGUCGUUUCCAAAUUCCAUCCCUCACUUUACAAUCAGGGUAUAUGCUACGUGUGCCACAAUACUGGACACUGGUCUGACACCUGCCCUACCAAGUUUCCGGCGUCACCCUCACAACCGUCAACAAGUCGAUCAUCUACGACUGCCUCGACAUCGACACCGCCUCGUUCGUUUCGCCUCAAUCUGAUCGAUGCAAACGGCGCGACGUUCACCGUGGACGCCACAGGUGUUGAGGAGGAUGAGGGACCACUACCUGAUGGGAUCUGGGCGUCAGAGGGUACCCUGACCGAGAUGUGGGACAAUGGGGAUGAAGGUGUGAGUGACACCGGCGCUACCCAUAUGGUAACUGGUAAACUCGAAUACCUAACUGAUGUCCGCAUGUUACCUAGACCGAUCCCGGUAUCGGUGGCGACAAAGGCACCUAAGGCGUUUGUGGAUCAUGGGAUGCGAAGGAUGGCAAGAUGA